AUGCUGAAGAAAGCCACCACAGAGUUCAAGGAGUACAACGUACGCCAGCUGACGCACAACUGUAUGAAACGGGAGGUGGUGACUACCGAGGCAUCGUUCGCGGGCCUCCCGAUCACACUAAUCAGCGCCGCGCUCGAAAGCGACCCCGACAAGUCGAAGCUACGCAAGAAGCAACUCUACAAGUGUUUCAAGAUAUGUCUAAAGCACCCUCCUAACAGGACGGUCAUCUUCGGCGGAAACCUCGGCCUGCGCGGACACGAGCUCAAUGACGUAGGUGGACGUCCGCGACCCCUAGUGGACGUCUGGGAACGCUGCGGCAGGCGGCGGGAGGUCCGCUACACGUGGGACAUGACGGUUAACGACAACCAUCGCUUUGACUUUCGUAAGAAGCCCCAGUACCGCCCCGAUAGGGUCUACUUGAAGGUGUCUAAGCCUGCCACUAUGGCGGCUGUGUUCUUCGACUUGAUCGGCAUGGAAAUGCUGAGCCCAAUAGGUUGCUUCCCCAGCGACCACUGGGGUCUGGUGUGUCGUUUUAAUGUGCUCUAG